AUGUUGGAGAAUAUGGUAAGAAGACUGAACAGAGAAGACAAGGUGCUGUGUAAAUCAGAGGAGAGUUUUCUGUAGGAACUUAUCAGGACAAAGUUAUAUUUAAAAGGGAUCCUGGUUACUUCAAAGAAAGAGACAUUGUGUACAAAUGUCUUAUCCGUGAAUUCUAUGUUUUUGUAAAAUGCAUUUCAAGCUAUUUUCUAUUUAAUUAUUAUCUAAUAUGUACUGAUAGGUGAUGGGAUUCUACCACACCAAACAUCUUGUUACCAGAAUGACUUAAUGGCAUCAUAGAAUUGGGCAGAGUGGUACAUAUACAAUAAUCUGAAUUUCUAUUUAAGACAUAUCUUGAAGGACCUUUUUUUUAAAACAACAACAACAACAACAUUUAAAUGAAAAUGAGAAACUUGUGAACAAUGAGAGUAUUUGGGCAAAAUUAUCCCUAAUAUUAGACAAAGGGACUUUCUUGAUUCUGUUCUUCCUGUCCUGAAAUUUUCUUCAGAGAAUCUUACUGUAGACUACUUAACCACUAGUUUAAACCUAAAAGUAGGGAACUGGGAGAAUUCCAGUCCCACUGACCCAUAUUUAAAACAAAAUGUUUCCCAUCUGCUUAUACUCAUGAACAGUGGGAAUCACCCAUAUCAUUCAUGCCCAAAUGUAGAUCUCGCUCCAGUGGAUUCUAAUUGUGUUUUCACUGAGAAGCUUCUGGGGGAUAAAAAGAAGAGAGAAUGGCCAUCGUUGGCCAAUGAUGAUAUGUAGAUAUAAGAAAAGCAAUAAAAUGGCUAAAAAAUGGGAACUCAAAAUGCUGCUGUUUGAAGAGGGGUCAUGCUAAAUGUUCUGAGCAGAAAAACUAUUCAUUUCAUUAAUAACAAAAAUAGCAAGUUAUUUGCAACAAUAAAUUAGGAGGCGUUUAAAGCAGUACUAAAGAAGAGUAUCAUUGAUACAGCUUCUAGAAUCAGCAAAGAAUAAAAUGCAGAGCAGAAUUUUCUUUCCUUGGAUGCACAACAGCUGAAUUCAGUGAAGAGUCAGUUGAAAGGAAAAUUAUGAAAAAGCAUACAACCCCUUAAGGGAUAUCUAAUAGUUCUCUUUUGAGGAAAAGUAGCUCACACUUCCCCCCAGAACAAACAAUAAUGUAAUGAGAUGUGGAAUAAAGAACCAAAGAAUUGCAUGUAGGAUCAGGUGGAAAAAAUAAAAAAAUGCAAAUUGCUAUCCAAAAGCAAAAUAUGAAAGCACACCAUAAAUUAAGCACUGAUUCUGCUAAAAAAUCCACUGUUUUCUAUUUCUAUGAAUUCAAAAUAGUCACAACUAACUUUGGGCUCAUAAGGAAAGCAGAUGUGCCAAAUGAUUUGCUAAUUAGAUUGUGCGUAUCUUCAUCAGCUAAUUUUUACUGCUUCUAUGCUCUAGGCUAUGUGAUUAUACUUGUUUUGGAAACUAUUUAUAUUCUUUUAAUGAUUUUUGUAAAUCACCUUGAAUAAUGGUGGAAAGCCAAUAGACUAUUUUUAAAAAAUAAUAAUAAUCACUUCUAAUAAAGCUAUUCUCUUAUAUAAUUUACAGGAAUCCAUAACACUGUUCCCAGACACUGUGAAAGAAGAAGAUAUUGCUAAUAUUUUACAAGACCAAAUAUAUACGCAUAAAUGUGCAUUGCUUAUGUUCUUGCAGUUGUCAGACACAGAAUGUACAAGGUAUGUGAAGCUUUUCAGAGACAAGUUAGAACGACCUUUAUGCAUAGUAGUUAAAAAAGAUAAAAUACUGUUGAAUCAUGACAGAAUACUGUUAGAUAAUACUGAGAAGCUAUGUUUCAUUCAUCUGUAUUUAUCAAAGGCAAAAAUAGGUAUAUGCUUUUACCUAGACAUGGAAAAUGGUAAGGCCUUUGAUUGUGUUGAACAGAACUUUAAAUGGGAGGGCAGGGCUAGUAAAUAUAUAUAUAUAAUGGACCCUAUAUAUGGACCACAAGUUGUAACUGGCUGA